CAAGAUGCAGGGAAUGCCCAAUCGGUUAGGACUUGGUCUACGUCCCCCUCUGCCUUCAUACGGCCAGGGUCCCUCAAUGUCGGCUCUCGCAGCGCAACAGCAAAUGAACCAACAUAACCAAUUUGUACCACCAUCUCAAACGAAGCCUGUAUCCCUCUUUAUCGGGUCGAUUUCUGGCGGUAUCACGGACUCUUUCUUGAACCAAUUGCUCAGCGCAUGUGGUCCUAUCUCCUCGUUUAAGCGGCUGAUCACGCCGGCCAACAAGCCACAAGGAUUCGGCUUUGCGGAGUUCCAGGACCCAGACAGUGCGUUGCGAGCCAUGACAUUGCUCAAUGGCGUAGAGUUGCCUGCGCUUGAGGAUGGGUGUGUUAAUAAGAAACUUUUGGCUAAGGCAGACGAGAAGACAAAAGUGUUCCUGGAUGCAUAUUCCGGACAGAAGAUGAAGACUGACGCUGACGAAGAAAUCAUGCGACAAGCCAAAGCGAAGGUCGACCUGCUCGUCGCGGACAUUCAUAAGGUCUCCCAGGAUGCUGCCGACCAGGGACUGAUAGAUAAGGAGAAAUAUGUCAUCCCACCGCACCUGCAUGACUUGCAGGAAGCUGAUCUUCCAGAGACACAACGUGGACUCGUCAUGACUGAGAUCGCCCAGUUCCGUGAGCGUGCCGCAAAACGCGAGCGCGAGAAGCUGCGGGACGUCCAGGCUGCAGUGCCCACCAUCCUCAACAUGCCGAGUGGUCCGAAGCAGAGGGAGUGGGGCAAGCCUGGUCCUAGCCCGUCUCCGCAAGCGACAAAAAGCACUUCCUACGGCAAGCCACCAGGAUUCGUCAAGGCCGGAGAAGACAGAGAGACACCUUCGAGUGGUGAAACAGAAGCCGCGGUAUCUCGCAGUGUGAAGACAGAUGAAGAGCUGGAAGCUGAGCGGAAAGAGGCCAGGAGACGUGACGAAGAGAAUUCAUUCAAAGACCGAGAACGUCGCUACGAGCCCAGGGAGAGAACUCGCAUUCAAGCUUUGGAACGAUCGAUAGCGCGUGAGAGAGCGCUCAAGGAGGCGGAGGAGCGGGAUCGUGUUGAGAUGAGAGCACGCCUCGAUGUUUGGGAUGACGACGAGAGCGAUGAGCUUUUCUAUACCGAUCGUGUCCGGUGGCGCACUCAGCGUGUAAGGCGCUUGACGGCAGAGGAAGCUGCAGACGCCGAGUCAAGACUCUACGAAGAGCGCGAAACUGAGAACCUGCGUCGCGAAUCGGAGGCGUUCUUGGCACGGCAGAUGGACGAGAUGCAGGCAUUGCAGGAAGAGCAACGCAAGGCGGGCAUGCUCCUCGAGGACGGCGCCCCCGUGAAGCUUAACGUCUCGCUGGCACCCAUUGUGUCCAAGGGCGAAGGUGCGCCGGCUGAGAACAAAGCUGCUGUCGCGUUCGGACAAGAGGAAGAGGAAGAGGAGGGCAUCCGCAAGAGGAAAGCUCCUCCUCCCCAGCUUGACCUCGCCGAAUCUGGAGAGAAGGCUAAAGAGAGAUUGGAGAAGAUCAAGACGACUGUGCCGACAGACAGAGAGACGUUGUUCAAGUCCAAAGUUCGGUGGGAUGGUGUCACUGACACCAUGAUUGAUCGUAAACUUGAGCCGCUGGUUAAGCGGUUGAUGAUCAAAUACCUGGGCGAGCUCGAGGACGACGACCUUGUCAUGUUCGUCUUGGAACACUUGAAAGACCACAAGGGUCCACAAAAGCUCAUCGAAGGCCUCGAGCCGGUUCUCGAGGAGGAAGCUAUCGAGCUGGUCAUCAGCGUAUGGCGACAGAUCAUCUAUGAGAGCAUGGCGUACGGCGAAGGCCUGCACACGGAGAGGAUUAUGGUUGACUGAGGAUAUCUUGCUGGUUCGUCGUCAUUUGCAUUCGCUGGGGGUUGUGGGAGAACGUUGCAGCUCGUAGCGGGCUUUGUGGGUUGCAUACCGUGAGUAAGUUUUUCGUCCCGGUUUCACUGAGCAGGUUGUCUGGGCCGACGAUAUCAUGCACGCGGGUGACGAGGCAACCGUGAUGGAGUAACAAAGGACGCUGGUAUUCACGAUGAGUGCUCGAGUCUUUCUCCACCGCUGUUCAAUUGAUAUGAAAACUGGUUCCAAACUAUGAGUGGCUUUAGGGUAUCCCGCCACAGCAUAUUGUCCAGCCUUUCCACGUGGCUUCCAUUAUUAUCCUACUUAUGUGCUACCUCCACGCAAUCAACACCGAAUAUAUGCGAUUCGACACUUUUAAA